AACGACGACGUAAUGAGUCAGAAACACCGAGGGCCUCUCGUUUCAUGAGAGAGAGAAAAAAAAUCUUAUCUUUGUGACAGCGGUGGUGGUGUGUGAUGUUGUCAGCCAUGGCAAAGACAGAGCAACAACGAUCUCUCUCUUUUCCCUUCUUCUGUGUCUGUCUUUAAAUAGAGUCUCUUUGAAACGAAGCAGCUUUGUCCUGUUUUGAUAUCCAUGGCUUUACCUUCGUGCUUAAAGACUGGAGUUUUAAUGUCUCCGGCCACUGGAAUUAAUUUUUCCGGCAGUCUUAUGAAGUUGGACAGUGGCUUUGCCGUUCCGACAAAGUUACAGAGUAAUCGAAAAGGUGAUCGAGAAAGAUUGAGAAUCCAAGCUGUCUUCAGUUUCCCUCCUGCGUUUCUGACAAGAAACGGUCGAGCUGAGAAGCAGAAACAGCUCAAACAAGAACUUCUUGAAGCCAUUGAGCCUCUUGAACGCGGUGCUAUGGCCUCGCCUGAUGACCAGCUUCGGAUUGAUCAGUUAGCGCGUAAGGUGGAAGCAGUUAAUCCCACCAAGGAGCCUUUGAAAUCUGAUUUGAUCAAUGGGAAAUGGGAGCUUAUUUAUACAACCUCUGCUUCGAUUUUGCAGGCAAAGAAACCAAGGUUCUUAAGAUCAAUUACCAACUACCAAUCUAUCAAUGUGGAUACAUUGAAGGUGCAAAACAUGGAGACUUGGCCUUUCUAUAACUCGGUAACUGGAGACAUAAAACCCCUCAAUUCGAAGAAGGUUGCUGUGAAACUCCAAGUGUUUAAAAUUCUCGGCUUUAUUCCUGUAAAAGCACCUGAUAGUGCACGCGGUGAACUAGAGAUUACCUAUGUGGAUGAGGAACUACGGUUAUCAAGGGGUGACAAAGGCAACUUGUUUAUAUUGAAGAUGUUCGAUCCCACUUAUCGAAUCCCUCUCUGAUCUGUCGAACGAAAAUGGUCCGAGCCAUCCAUCAUACAUGCCUGAUACCCGCUUGUUCUGUCUCUCUUCAUCAUGUAUGUAAUCUAACAUAAAAAUAAUUAAUAAGAGGGAAUAAAAAGAGACGAGCUUUUUUCAUUGUUUCAACUUGUUCAAAUCAAAGAUUCUGAAUCUUGAUUUGGUUGAAUUGUGCUUACUUGAUCAGUUGGCUCCAAUCCUAAACUAUAUGAUACUGAA